AAUAACAAACUUGAUAGGGAAAAUGAAAUUGAUUGCGCGGUAAAUUUUGUAAACACUAACAAAAGUGUAAAUUAAAAUUUUUGUAUUAUUUUGUAAAUAUGAGGUAUUGAAAUGAGAUGUUAGUAACUGGACAAUUAAAAUCUUAACUAUUUUUCUCAUUUUUUUUAUUUGCUUCAUCUUUAUUUUUCAAACCACCAUUUAUUUCAAAAAGAUUUUAAGCAGAUCAUGGAUAUUAGAAAGUGGUUAACAUCACCAAAAACAUCUGCAGCAUCAGGCACAAAUAAAGUUCAAAAUAGCAGUUCUGCUGAUGCAAACAAAACCAAGUCCCCUUCUAAGAAAUCCUCUAAAGUUUCAAGGAAAAGACAUAUAAUUGAAUCUGAUUCUGAUGAAGAACCUAUUCCAAAAGUAAACACAAAAGAUGCAAAGAAUAGCCCUAAGAAAACUGCUCCUGAAAAGCGAAAAGAAGUAUCUGUGUCAGAUUUUUUUGGUUCAGGACCUGUAGCAAGGAGCCAGAAAAAAGAUAUUCCUCAACCUAAAAAAAUAAAAGAAGAAAAUAUUCAUGAUGAUGAUGAAGAUUUUCAAGCCACUUUGGCUCAAUCAUCUUCAAAGCCUGUUAAGGAUAAAAAACUUAAUGGACAGAAAGAGCCAAGUUUAGAUAAUAAAGGUAAAGACAGUAAGGGAAAAGAAAAGGAUGCUCCCAUUAUAAAAGAUGAAAAGACAUCUCCAAAGCAAAUUAAACAUGAAAAACCUGUAACUAAAAAGAAAUCAAAAACUGAAAGUUUGACAAAAAUGGAAAUUACACCAAAAACUGAAAAACCUGCUCCUAAAGUUAUUGAAGUUAAAGAGGAAAAACCUACUACUACUAAGAAACCCAGAACAGGAAGUGCUAAUUAUGCCAGUUACUUGCACAGAGAAGGCCCUAAAGCUCUUGGAUCAAAAGAAAUUCCUGAAGGCGAAGAAGAUUGCUUGGCUGGACUUACAUUUAUCAUUACUGGUGUACUUGAAUCAUUGGAAAGAGAUGAUGCCAAAGCUCUCAUAGAGAAGUAUGGUGGAAAAGUUAUGACAACUUUAUCUAAAAAUACUAAAUACAUUGUCAUUGGUAGAGAUGCUGGAGCAAGCAAACUUGAUAAAGCUGAAAAAUUGGGUACCCAGCAAUUGGAUGAAGAUGGUUUGUUAGAUUUAAUACGGACUCUACCUGGAAAAGGUCCUCCCAAGAAAGCCAAGCCUAUUAAAAAGGAAAUUGAAUCAGAUAAAUUGGAUUCAUCAAUAAGUGAAAAAUCCAAGAAAGGAAUAGAUUUGGAAGAUGAAUUUGAAAUGGAUAUUGAUGAUAGCUUUUUACUAGAUGCUGCUCCAGAUAUAAAAGAAGAGAAAGUGGAAAAGAAGAUAGAUUCUGCUCCAGAAAAAAGGCCAAUUGUUCGGAUUAAAGAAGAACCGAAUUCUGAUGUCCCAAAAUCCAUGUGGGUUGAUAAAUAUAAACCAACUAGUUUAAAACAGGUAAUUGGACAGCAAGGAGAUAAAAGUAAUGCUAAGAAACUUCUAAAUUGGUUAGUAAAUUGGAGCAGAAAUCGACGUUUGAAUAAAAAGCCCAUUCCAGGAAGAUUUAACCCUUCCGAUGAUGGAUCUGGGUUUAAAGCUGCUCUUCUGUCAGGGCCACCUGGUGUUGGCAAAACCACAACAGCUCUACUAGUGUGCAAAGAAGCUGGCUUUGAUUAUUUUGAACUGAAUGCUUCUGAUACUCGGUCGAAAAAGAAUUUGCAACAGAUGGUAUCACAGUUGUUGGGUAACCAGACAUUGGCUGGUUGUUUUAAAGAAAAUGCAGAAAAGGUUUCAAGUAAACAUGUCAUAAUUAUGGAUGAAGUAGAUGGGAUGUCUGGAAAUGAGGAUCGAGGAGGAAUGGCGGAAUUGAUAAGUUUUAUCAAGGCUUCAAAAGUUCCUAUAAUUUGUAUAUGUAAUGAUCGAAAUCACCCCAAAAUAAGAUCUUUGAGUAAUCAUUGCUUUGAUCUGAGAUUUCAAAGGCCUCGAGUGGAACAAAUUAAGGCAGCCAUGAUGUCUAUUGCAUUUAAAGAAAAUAUUCAGGUUGCUCCAGAUGUUCUUCAAGAUGUUAUUGUUGCUGCAAAUCAAGAUAUAAGACAGGUCCUUCAUAACAUGUCAAUGUGGAGUGCAAGAUCAAAAGCACUUUCAACCGAACAGACAAAAUCUGACAUUGGAAAAGGAACAAAACACAUCAAAUUGGGACCUUUUGAUGUCUUACGAGAAGUGUUUGCAAUUGCUAACAACCCCAAGGCUACAAUUAUGGAUAAAUCUGAUUUAUUCUUUCAUGACUAUUCUAUUGCUCCUCUUUUUGUGCAAGAAAAUUAUGUUCAUGUUAUGCCAACUUCAGCUGAGGGCAAUAAAAUUAAACACCUUACACUUCUGAGUGAAACAGCUGAUAGCAUUUGUAUUGGUGAUAUAAUUGACAAACAAAUUAGAAAUGGAAAUAAUUGGUCUCUUUUACCUACUCAGGCUAUAUUUGCCAGUGUGGUUCCCGGAGAGUUAAUGAAAGGUCACUUAAGGCAGAUGAUAAAUUUUCCUGCAUGGUUGGGGAAAAAUUCCAACAGGAAUCAUAUGGAUCGUGUGCUUCAAGAACUUCAUGUUCACAUGAGAAUGAGAAUUACUGGCAAUAAAACUGAUGUUGCUCUUGACUAUUUACCAUUGCUGAAAAGGGCUCUCACACAACCAUUGAUUGAAAAGGAGACUGAAGGAGUUCCAGAGGUUCUGAAUAGAAUGGAAGAAUACUUUCUGUUGAGGGAAGAUUUUGAUAGUAUUAUUGAUUUGUCUUUGUGGCCUGGUCAGACUGAUCCAAGAUCUAAAAUUAUUACUAAGGUUAAGAGUGCUUUUACUAGAGCAUACAAUAAGGAAAGUGGUAAAAAUCCUUAUGCUGUGACAAAUGUGAAGAAAAAAAAGAAAGGAGCUGCAACAUCACCAGAUGAAGAAUUAGGUGAAGAAGAUAUUGCCGUGGAAUCAGAUGAGGAAGAAGAUGAUAGCAUAGAAAAUGAUGCUAUGAUUAAGGUAAAAAAGCCAGCAAAAAAAGGUGCAACAUCAACAAGUGAAGCCUCAACCUCAAAAGAAAAGAAGAAAAAUCCUUCUAAAAGAGGAGGAAAAUCUAGAUAGAACUGUAAAAUAAUAUUAACAUACCUGUAAAAUUUCAAUAGUUGUUUCAAAAAAUAUAAUUAUUUUUUAAUAAUCUGAGUUCAGUCUUGUUUUUCAGUUUUAUGCAUUUCAGCAUUGACAUGGGCAUUUUUGUAGUUUUAUUACUUUUAUAAUGGCAUUUAAUUUAUGUUUUUGUGUUAGAGUUCUUUCUUCUUCCUCUAGAGAAUUUUAUAAUUAAAAAAUGCAUUUAUUAUAAAAGUGAGGCAAAUAUAUAAAAUUGAAAUGAUUGUAACUAUAAUAUUUUUAAGUACACGGUACCAUACAAAAACAAUUUUAAAACUCUGUGAGAUAUUUUUUUCCAGUAUUGUCAUAUUUUUGCAUCAUUAAAGAUGCAUUUGAGGAUGUAGAAAAAUUUGAAUUGUUUGACUAUCAUUUGUCACCAAUGAAUUGAAUUUUAUUAUGAAGUUGUUGAAGUAUUUUUUUUCCUUUCAUUGAUAUGUUGUGCAUAAUUAAGUAGAUUCAUUGAAACAUAAGUAACAAAAUGUAUUAAACAAAUUAUCCAAUAUUAGAAAUCAAAAUUAAACAAAGGAGUGAAUUGUGCCACUCCUGGUAUGAAGAAAUAUAUGAUAAUAAGAUUAUAGUAUCCUAAUAGGUUGUAGGGGCUUUGUUGGCCUGUGUUUAGGAGGGCUCCAGUUUUGAAAUUUAUUUCCUUCAAAUAAUCACCAUGCUAACAGGUGUGGUGCAUUUUGAAUUAAUCAGAGCCAAAUGUCCGUCACCUGAUGAUAUGUAGAAGUUUAGAAGAAGAUUACUGACUCUGUUGCUAUCCUUGUCAGUACUACUUGGUUACUAUCCUACAGGGGCUCAAAAUUACAAAGUCUGCCCCAGAAUAGGCGUUAUAUUAUUUCAAAGUGACAUGUGAAUAUAGCUAUAUUAAGUUUGACUGACAUUAGAUGCUUCCGAAUGACAAAUAGUGUGAGAUACAUAUAGUAUUUUUGCAAUACUACUACUACUACUACUAUUAUUAUUUUGUUCCCAUAUUCUAUUUUCCUUAUAACAUCUCAUCCUUAAGAUUAAAAAAGAAGAAAAAAACCCCUCAGCAUUUCUGCUUUGUUUUAUUUUUAAAAUUAGUUUAAAGUUCAGCAAACUGUGCAUAAUACUGUU